AUGAACGAUAAACAAAGAGGUGCGUUAACGAAGAAAGAUUCAUUCUUACAUCCAUCUAGUUCAUUUUUCCCUUCACAACAUGAUUCCCCAGUGGAAGAAACUUGCCCUUGCUCAAGUCUUCGGGGCAUGAAGGAUCCUUUUCUGACCCAUCCUUCAGAAAUACUUAACAAAAUUUUGAUGAGUAACGACUUAUUCUCCUUUAACAAAGAUCUUAUAUCAUCUACUUUGUGUUGUGAUUCUCACGAAAAUAUUCAAGAGGAUGGAUUUUUUUUUGAAUUUUCUCCAAAGCAAAACCAAAUGAUUGCAAAUCCGAUUCAAUCAAAUAAUUUACUAUUGCCGUCAUUAAUGAAAGUGCUGCAAAAUAUUUUUCCGCGAAGACCGAUUCUACCCUCAGAACCCAUAAAAUCAAAGACGAUUGAUAUAUACUUGCUACCAGAAAAAAAGACUUUAGCAUCUAGAGAUGCUGAAAUAUUUUUGAAAAAGAAACCAGACAUACAUGCAGUUGGAGAUAAUGAGAUAAAAGAAGAUAUCAAAGUUGUUAAUUUAACACCAGCACUAUCAAAUAAAGCUUCAGUAAAAAAGGACCUAGGCAAAAACGAACAACAAGAAAAAGAAAAGCUUCCUGAUUCGGGAACCAAUAUGGUUUAUGUUUCUACCAAAAACCCCAAUACAGUAUGA